AUGGUGGGGCUGCUGUUUUCUCAUCUGAACCCACAAUCAAAGCCGAAAACUCUAAGGUAUGAAUAAUUGUCUGACUCCAGCAUGGACAAGUAGAUGGAGACAACAGUAAAGGUGGAGGCACACCUAUUUAAAUGAACUUAGCAGCGCUUUCCAGAACUGUCCCAUGUACCCCCUCCUUAGACUCUCCCCAGAGAUUCCUGUGGGGGGUCCGCCACAGGAAUCUCUUAUAGUGUGGAGUCGUAGUGAGUUAGUUGACCCUUCACAGCAAAUGUGCACCAGUAGCAGCUUCAGAUACUGACUACACUCCUUCAGGAGUUCAUUUUACCACCUCAUAUACAUCCAUGACCUGUGUUGUGCUAAUCAGACUCCCCUCCUUCUUUCAGAGUGGAGCCUUCUGGAGUCCAAUGGUUGAAACCAGGGUUAAGGAAGUGUAAGUAAUUUUUAAAAUGAAGACUUCACACAUAUUAAAGUCUGUCAUUGGUUAUUUAUCACCCAUUAAUUACUUUGGCUGAAAAUGUGACUUGCUCUUCUCACCAGAUUCUUGCAAACUCACAGUCGACUCAAACACAGUAAACGGAAGAAUCAAACUGUCUGACACUAACAGAGAGUGGACACAUGUGGAGGCGUGUCAGGCUUAUGAUGAUCAUCUAGACAGAUUUAACACCCCUCAGAUGCUGUGCACAGACGGUCUGACUGGUCGCUGUUACUGGGAGGUGGAGUGGAGAGGGAGAGCUGCUAUAUCAGUGAGCUACAGAGGAAUCAGCAGGAAAGACGAGCUGAACAAUGAGUUCGGAAAAAAUGAUCAGUCCUGGAGUCUGAUCUGCUGUGACGGUGAUGAGGUGGAUUACUCUGUCUGGCAUGAGAACAAAGUCAAACCUAUUACCCGUCCCUCCCUUUCCUCCCUCAUCCGCUCCAUCAGAUCCCCCUCCUGCACCGUCACUCACAGAGUAGCGGUGUAUUUGGACCAUGAUGCCGGCACUCUGUCCUUCUACAGAGUCUCCUCUGACACACUAAUCCAUCUGCACACCGUCAACACUACAUUCACUAAACCUCUGUACCCCGGCUUUGGGUUCACGUCCAGGCACCGCUUUGUGCCAGGUUCCUCAGUGUCUCUGUGCUCUCUGUAG